AGCAAAGGUGGUGACACAUCAAGCAUAUCGGAACUAAGAAGUAGUCGACGUGUAGUUCGCCAGCUCGUGGAGGAAGAUGCUACUACACAACGACGAAAGGCCGCACCAGGUGCGUCGGAUGGGACUGUGCUGCGUGGGAAGACGAUGCAUGUGCAUCCAUCUGCGGAUGAAUCUGUAGCAGAUGCUAGCAACCCUUCUAGUAGUGGUGCCCCCAAUGUUGGUAUUUCAUCGCCUCAUACUACAACCCGACAGGGACAGGACUACCUGCAAGACAAUGACGU